UUACAGACCACAGUGGGCUGUACAUAAGCUGGGAUUGUGUUCAGAUCAACCUCUGAUAACUUCACAAGACGAAGAAUGUGCAGAGAUAUUUGAUUUAUUUGUUUAGGAAGCGGUUUGCCAUUGUCUUCCUUCUGUCGUUCCUUCGCGCCUGACGGAACUUAAUCCGUUUUGGCGAAUGGAACUGAACUGAACCGAGUAGGGUAAGUGGAAUCGUACGGGAAGCGAGAUCGAGCCACGGCGCCAGAGAAGAGACGAUUUUCUCCCCGGAAAAGAGAAGCAGCUUACUAUGCCAGGCGGGGUAUUAUGGCACUGUAAGGUUAAAAACGUGUCUUAUUCCUAAGGAACGAGGAAAUAGGAAGUAGAAGUGUUUCCUAAAGAAAAAAAAAAUUGGGAUUUCACCAUCUGUAAAGUUGAAGUAUGGAGUCAUUCCAUCUGUUGAUUAGGAAAAGUGGAAGUUUGACAGUAUUUACAACACUGUUGAGUGAGAAAAAUAUUUUUCAUAGAUCUCUCACUAUUUCUUUGCCUUUUUAUAAGAAGAAAAGAACAGGGUAUGAAAACAUUGACUCCCCAAAAUAUGGAAAUUUGAUCCAUUACCUCACUUCAGGCAAAGAUAGAUCUGACAGAUCCAAACUGUUUGAAGAAGACAAUGCAGGGUAUCAAUACAAAUUUCCAGCUCAUAAAACAAAAACAAAACUUCUUAAGAACUGGAUUCCCUUAAUGAAUCCCAAGAAGAGCUCUUGGCAUCAGAAAAUUCACCCAAGGCUGCCUUUACAAAUUGAUAUCCAAAAGAAUAACUGGGCCAGUGUGACAUCUGUUCUGCACCAGACAAUGCCUGUAGAACAGGCUUUUUACCUGGAGAAGUGGAAACAGCGAAUGAUUCUAAACCUUGGGAAAGAAGGUUUUGAAGAAUAUGUUAAAAGUACUUUUCAAAAAGGCAAGAACUUUCAUGCAGCCAUGGAAGCUUUACUGUUAACUAAAGGAAAUUUUAUAAAGGAACAGAAAGAAGAUACCAGCAUUUCAAACUAUAUAAUGAGUGUAAAGCAUGUGCUGCAAAAUAUCACUGGAGUGAGAGCUCUUGAAAGUGCAGUACAGCAUGAGGCCCUUUAUUACCAAGGCCUAGUGGAUUGCAUAGCAGACUAUUGUGGAACAUUAUGUGUAAUUGACUGGAAGACUUCAGAGAAACCAAAGCCAUUUCUUCAGAAUACAUACAAUAAUCCACUACAAAUUGCAGCAUACAUAGGAGCAAUUAACCAUGAUAGCAACUAUGACUUCCAGGUUAAUUGUGGAUUACUUGUGGUUGCCUAUAAGGAUGGUUCUCCUGCACAUUCACAUUUUAUGAACUUUGAGCUGUGCUCUCAGUACUGGAACAAGUGGCUGCUUCGCUUGGAAGAGUUUAAAGAGAAAGGGAAGAAUAAUACUGUAUAAAGCAAGUAGUUUGUAGUAAAUUGUAUUUAAUUCCAUUGCUUUUCUUUCCUUGUAUUUGGGGGGCUGGGGUGGUAAGGAGGAAUUUUAACUAGCUGGUAGACAAAUGUUCCUGGAGGGAAAAUAAACUUUGCCAUCCACUUGUUUGCUGAUUCUCCCCUGCAAAUACCCUUUGUUCUUGCCUCUGGAAUAAUAAUCCAUGUUUUUAGAGUAUUUUUUGAAAUGAUUUUCCUAUCCAAUACCCAUUUUAGCUGAUUGAAAGCAGAAGUUCUUGCCUGUCACACUGAUAGGUAUUAUGAGACAAAUUCUUUAUGUACUCUGCUCAAAAAAUGGUACCAUUUAUGUUCUUCAUGCUAAAAGGGAAACUGACUAUUCUCCCUUCAUUUUUUUGAUUCUUGCUUCUGCAUCUUUCCUUCCAGAUCUGUCUGAAGCAAAUAGACUUCAGUAACCAAAUAGUUUGAUCAUAAAGUUUACUGACAUUCAGAACAAAAUAAAAAUUUGGUUUCUACUAUAUAAGAUGAGUAGGCAAGUUGGUUACAAAGUGUUAACCCUUGAAACCCAGUCUUGCUGAUGCGACGGACAUUGCUUCUCAAUUUGCCAACAAGCUCGGGGGGAGGAGAGAGGUUUGGAAUACAGACUUCAAAGAUUAAGGAAGCAGACAGUGGGAACCAAUGACAAUUGCCAGGUGUCUGGCCAGGUCCAGAGAUGCUUUCUCACAACAAUAUUUUUCAACUUGAUUGGGCAACAUGAUCUGACCCAGAGGGAGAAGGAAGAAGUCAAUGCUUUUGCUAUAGUGAUUUGGGUGGGGUCUUGUCAGAGCUGGUUUUACUUUCAUUUGUGCCAAUAUGGUGUACUCAAUAAAGUUUUGCAUUAAGAGCC